AUGGUAAGUCUCAAGUCACAGAUAUCUCUCAGUUCGCAUUCCUCCGCUGCAGCGCUACUCAUGUUGGUGGUUGCAACGGCGGUGCUGCAGAGCCAGACGGCAGAGUCACAAAGCUGCCCGACCGAGCUGACGAGCCUGAACGUGUGCGCACCGUUCGUGGUGCCUGGUGCGGCCGUGACCGCCCCGAGCAUUGACUGCUGCAAUGCGCUCCAAUCAGUGCACCAUGACUGCCUCUGCAGCACUCUCCAGAUCGCCUCCCGACUGCCUUCUCAAUGCAAUAUCCCACCACUCACUUGUGCUUGAUGGACCGAUGUGCAAAACAGUCCUGCAUAAUGGGUAGAAAUAAGGUCAUGGUUUUAAUCUUGUCUGUUUUUGCUUUAAUUGGUAGCAAUGGAGCUCAAAGUGAACUUUAUUAGCAUUGAAAAAUAAGAAUACC